AUGCCAUUCUUUCGUAAAAGUCAAUCUGCAGAUCUCAAUAUUCCCAAAUCUGCGACCCAAGAGUCUCAACGGCCAUCUUCUGAUGAUUAUGGUUCUAACAGGAGUGCUACUUCUAGUGGCCAUAGUCAUGGACCACUGACUAGAGACAGUCAAGAUUGCCAUGAUCGACGAGAGCGAGACCUGGCUGCUAGAUUAGCUGUUGGUAAGAGGCCAAAGUUAGUUUUUAGUACGCAAUUAGCUCAUGGUAGUGGUAUUGGCAAGGUAGAAGGAUUUACAAGCGUUCGGGAGUUGUACAACAAAAUUGCUGCUUCUCAUGGAAUUGACCGCAAAGAUAUUCUAUAUUGUACGCUCAAUACUGCUAAAGUUGACAUGGAAUCCCUAUUAGGAGGACAAAUUGGCUUGGAAGAUACGAUUUAUGUUCAUGUAAAAGGUAAUUACAAGCGUAUCUCUUUUCUGAAAGCGUCCCCUGCUAUUGGAUUAACUAUAACCGACAAUGGUGAUGGCAUGGCAUUCAUUAAGAAAAUUAAAGAGGGAAGCCUAGCUCAUGCUGCUGGCAGUAUUUCACCUGGUGAUCAUAUUCAACGCAUUAAUGGCGAAAGUAUGAUCGGAAAAAGGCAUUAUGAUGUCGCAAGGUGUUUAAAGGAUUUACAUAUUGGUCUGGAAUUUACAUUAGAACUAAUAGAACCAAAGCGUGGUUUAGGUGCUGUUGCUCCUCGCGGUAGUUCAGGGGCUGGUCAAAGUGCUAAGAAUGUCACUAGUGGUAAGGCUACGCUAAGAUUAAAAGCGCAAGGUCCUCCUGUAGUAGAACAUGUAAUAGAAGAAAACUCAUGGGAAACUGUAGCAAUUAUAAAAAUUGACGAUAUCUUGGAAGAAUUUAUGGGUAUUCGGGAUCAACAACUAGCUGAUACUAUUGUAAUGCUUGGGAAAGAUAAAACCAAUCCAUCUGAAUUUGCUACAGCCUUAGAUGAAGAUAUCUAUUUAAAGAUGUUCGAUUUCCCAGAUCAUAUUAUCUUUGAUAUGUGGGCAGCACUUGGAGAUGCCAAAAGUGGCCGAUUAAAGUCAAAUCGAAAUCAUUAA